AGCGGGAAGUUCGAAAAGAUUGAAUUACGCGCUAAAUCAAUAUGGCAUCAAAGACAGAUGAGAAUAAUCAAGAGGAAGCUGCCAAGAAUCAAAAAAUAGACGCGUUGAUUACAAGUCAGCGUUAUUUUGAUAUAAUGUGUAAAAUUAUGCAAAAUGAGGUUAGCAAAGCUGUUAAUACUACUUCACUAUCACCGGACCAGAAAUCACAUUUUGAAAAAAGAUUUAAUGAGAUAUUUCAGGCAGCCAUUUCAGGAAAUGUUACAUUAGGAAUUUCAACACAGAGCAAGGAGAGCAGCAGCAGUAGUAACACUGUGAUCAUGCAAGACAAGAGGAGAUAUUUGAAUGAAAUUCUUCUUCCAAAAUGGGAAAGAACGUUGGUAAAAACUACUUUUAAAAGAAAAUAUUAUCCAAGAGAAUGUGCAAGGCUGUUGCAUCUAAGAUUAAAGAAAGAAAAAAAAAAGUUGUUAGUGAAAGAAGCAAUUGAGAAUGGUGCUCUUUUGAGUUCUUUGCCCUCUGAAAGCUUUCCAGAUUCUGUAAAGGACACAAUACGAACUACAGCUGAGAAUUUGAACUCUUUCACAAUGGGUGUCCAGAGCAAGAUAGACAAAGUUGAUCGCCUUCUUAGGUCAAAGCAAAUUUUGGACAAGAUAAAAACUUGCAAGACCAAUGCAGUUGUGUUUGAGGAGAAUAGAACAAGUAAUUCACAAACACUGUCAUCUAUUAUGAGAAGAGAGCAAUUAAUUGUUAGAGGUUUUCAACCUCUCUUCCAACAGUAAUUUUUAUUCAAUAUUUCAUUGAAAAUAACUUUUCUUUUGUUUAAUUCCAGAAAAUUGCUAAAGAUGACAAAUUAUCUGAACUUUACUUAUUUGGUGAAAAAUGUGGCAAACUUGAAUGUUAAAAUGAAAAAUUUUGAGAAUUAAACUUCAAAAAUGUUAACUCAUCAUUUUCAUUUUGUGAUAGUAACCAAACAUUAUUUUAACAGACUUCCUCACCUAAUAUUAAUAAAGUUUCAAUGGGCAGCAUUCUCUGUCAUCAACAUGUAUGGGUUGAUAUUACCUUGGAACUAGAGCACUAAACUGGCAAGGAAGUUUUUUCCCUAAUAUUGUUCAAUAUGUCUAAUAUGAAAAAAAAAAUUGCAGCUUUUGUAAAUAAACAACUUCUCAAAUAUUAUAAGAUACUUGUGCAUCAAUAAUUAAUAAAGAGGAUCAAAACUCUUUGUUUUAUUGAAAAAACUUUUGAAUUUGUAUAUUUACUAUCUAUGGAAAAUGUGUAAAUACAAAGAACUGUAUAUUAUUAAUUGAUAAUGUUUGACUUAUUAUAGGACAUGAUUAAAGAUUAUUUUGAGACCAUUCUCAUGUGAAUGCCCAAAUUCAGAAAUUUAAGGUUACCCCAAGAUCAUCCAAAAUAAGGAUAAUUAAACAAAUCCAUUUUAUGUAUGUUUUGAAAUUUAGUUAUUUCUGAAAAUUACAUUAUAAAACCUUGUUUUUAAUUUUAUGUUUAGCAAUGAAUAUAUAUAUUAAAACUGUAUGAAAUUUCCAUCUGUGCAGCACAUUUGUCUAACUCUAUAGUGAAAGUGAAGUGUAGUUGAUUUUGGAUUUGCCAUUAAUGAUGUUAAGGGAAAGAUAUCCCUUUUCAUUUGUUAAUGAGAGAAUGAUGACAUGUUGGUUGGGAGUUGAGGUUACAGGGGUUUGUAUGACUUGUAUGUUUCUUUGGUUUAGUAUAGCAGGAAACAAGAAAAAAGUGAAUGACGAAGGGAAGGAAGACAGUGGUUUGGUUUCCUUCAGAUUGGAGGCCUUUUUGUGUCUUUGGUUUGGUUAAAUUUCUAAUAAUGUAAACUUGAAACAUGCAUUAUAAAGUAACUUAGGAUGAACACACUUACACUGAAUAAAAUUAUCCAGCUGAGCUUUAAUUCUAAAUCAAAAUGCAUAUUUUAAUAAAUCAUAACUGUACAUAUUGCACUUUAUUGAUUAAUUAAAUCCCAAACACAUAUUGCAUUUUUUUGAUUAAUUAAAUCCCAAACUUAAGUGUCUUUAUUAGUUGGGUCUUUUUUGUUGUUUUGCUGUCAGAUUUUUGUGUG